CGAUGCAUUGGGCUGCGACUAGGAGGCACUUCGGAGGUAGGGAGGGCAUGCGAGCGGAGCACAGUUCAGUAGUCGCCAUUGCAAGUCCCCCCUGUGCUCUCGUAUUCGUGACACUCGGACGCGUGGAGCCGAUUUUCCGCUAACCUAAUCUCCCCGCGAGGGCCCAGAGUGUGCCCCCCCGAUGCAGAGAUAUUGCACCGAGCUCACCGAAAGAUUGUUGAAAUCGCUCGAUAAGGAAUACAAUGUCGUCGACAUGGGAGCUGUUGUGGAUGUCAUUACGGCCCUGGAAAAGACGGCGAUCACUAAGGAGGUGCUUGAGAUCACAAGACUUGGAAAGUACAUCAAUGAACUCCGGCGAAAAACGACGAACGACGCCCUGGCUAAGCGGGCGAAGGAUCUGGUACGACGAUGGCGUAACAUGGUCCUGCCGUCCGCUCAGUCUACGCCGCAGCCGACACCAGCGGACACGGCACCGCCCGCCCUUAACGGGGCGAAGCCACAUAGCCCAGCGUUGAGAUGUUUCAAGCCACAGAGCCCGGCGUUGAAAGGCGUGGUGCCACCUCAGAGUCCCUUGCUGAGGGACACCACUGCGCUGAGAGUCCUCAGCCCGGUUUCAUCUGUGCACAGCGAUCAUUCGCAUUCUCCUAACGCGUCGUCGAAUAAGCAGUCAAUUACGGUGGGCAGCAACCACCGAACAGGUUCCGACGUUCCACCGACGCUGGGCUCAUCCAGCCAACACCACCACCACUCGACGGAAGCAGUGCCACGAACACACAGUUCAAACAAGCGUCUGCGAAAAGACGAACCGCCUAAGGAGCAACCGAGUUAUCAUCACCAGCAUCACGAUUCAGACUCAAUCACCGAAAGUGAACCCUUCGUUAAGAAACAGCGUCUAAACGGCGAGAACAUAAGUGGUAAUUUAAAUAUGCAAGUGCCUAGCCCAACGAUUAAAGAAAGAAUCUCUGAUCAGUUCGCGGAGUCUUCCACCGAUCCUGACGAUUCAGGACCAAAGAAACGCGGUAGAAAGAAGGGCAGCAAGUCUGCCAAGAAGCAGCCGGUGUUGGAGGAUCGGGUGAAGGAGAAGCUCGCCAGCAUCUCGAGGAAUCCGAAGCUGAAGACGACGCAGGAGCUGUUGGCCGAUCUGCGGGCGCGCGGCACCAACGCUACUAAUUCGAGUGCUCUACCUAGUCAAAGCGCAGAAUCGCCCAGCAUGGAGGAGGUCGCGCUCAGGGGUAGCGGCGAGCAAAAGUUGAAUCGCUGUUCCCAGAACAAUCUUUCCUCUCACAGAAGUGGCGGUACGACCGGUGGCGAGGUCCGGGAGUCGCCGGAGAGCCGGUUGAAGCCUCCCACCGUUGAAAACAGCCACGACUUUUCAUCGUCGAAGCGCGAGGAGUCCGGCGCGGUGUAUAGAGAGAAGUCCGUUACGAACGUAAACGAGAAGAGUCAACCGGAACAGUGCCAGAGUCUGACCGUCGAGGAGAUUCUGGCCAAGUUACCACCGAUCGAUCCCAGUUUGAUCGAUUGGAGCGAGUGUGAUACGACGGAAGCCACCGAAGAUCGAGACAGUGGCGAGUACCGACCCAGAGAGACCGCCCCGGAGGAUAUAGAAAGGUUACACGCGCAGUAUAUUGAGGGACUGAACGGGAACUACCAACCGAAGCUCUCCUCGUUGACCUCGGCUACCGGCGACAGGCAGCAAGAGGACGACAAGUCGGAGAUCAUCGGUGUAAAGAAUGUGUAUAAUCAACCUGACCAAGAGUUUCGCGAAUGGCAUCAGAUGCUGGCAAGGCCCAGUUACAAUGGCCAGAUCCUCCACAUAUUGCCUUAUGUUAUUAUUGAUUAGUAAUUUUAUUAUCUUAUUCUAUUAUUAUCCUAAACAAAAAAAAGAACAACUUGUGAAGAUUCCCUGCGAAAGAAGAAUAGACCGGCUGCUUCAGUUGGUCCAUUAAAACUGAUUUCUAUUGCAACUCGUGAUUGCUCUUUAUUUCAUGCGAAUGCUCACGUUUGUAAUUCUACCAGCCUGUUUCACCGUAUCGAUCCCCCCCUCCGUCGAUCGUAUGUCAAUGUGAUCGACGUGAUUUCAUUUUAGACCUUGGUCUCCUCAUCGUCGCCACGAAAUUAUCUACCAUUGGUUAUUAUUGUUAUUGUUGUUAAUAUUACUGCAUUAUUACUAUCGUCAUUCUCCGUCAUUAUUAUUAUUAUUAUUAUUAUUAUUAUAAUUUUAAUUAUAAUUAUUAAUCGUUAUCUCUUUUACGCGGGAGCAAGAGCAAACACUAAAGAAAGCGGGGAAAGCUUCUCGAUAUUAUAAUUUAGUUGCGAAUGCUCGAUUUCAAAAUGGUACUCUUCGAACGCUUCUCUCUUUUCCUGCGUCGACGGUAUUUCUUUUUAUAAAUACCGGGAACUACAGAGUAUCGAAUACUUUUUUUGUUUAGGAGAGAACAGAGAAUAUAACUCCGACUCGAAUCACUUCCUGUAAGUUACGCGAUCUUAGUUUGUUUCUUUUCUUUUCGUACAGAUUCUGUUUUAUUUUUCGAUUGAUAUGAGAAGAGACGUAAAAUCAAACGGUGUCCACGGUUCUUGGCCUAUGAAAAAUGUUUCAUUUCGAAAGUAUCAAAAGAUGCACGAUGAAAAUUAAUAAUAAAAGAAAAAAAAGAUUACGAGUAUAUGUAGUAGUCGUCUUGGUUUUGCUGUAAAAUAUUGUUUGGGUUCGUCGUUGAGACAAAUAUUACUUUUAAGACAUUCUCUCGCGGGAUGAUAUUAGAAGAGGUGUGCAGAGACAAUUAUGGCGUUCACCGGUUAUGCAUCGCCAUAAUCUGUCUCGUACGCUUCUCCACGUAUUUUGUUUACGAAUUUAAAAUAUUUAUUGAAGAAAAGUGUUGUACAGAGGAACUACCCUUCACCUGAAUGUAACAACGGAGGAGAUGAUUUUUCGCGCGUGGUAAAAGUAGUCGAACCGAAUAUAACGGGGCCUUAAUUAAAAGUAAACGAUGAGAGGAAAUGAAAAAUAAGAUGAAAACGAUAUUUGUCUAAUGAGGUAUUACGUUGCAUACACGUAUAGACGAUUCUAUCCAAGGAACAGGGCGCGUUUUUCUAUCCGGAUUUCGUUUCAUCGUCGCGUGAAACGAGGUUAACGAUAAAUUGCCGGUAACAGUAAUUAUUAAUUGUUCUCGAAUGAGGCGCGUCGCGUGCAAUGUCCAAUUCCGACGGAACGUCGCGAUUUACCUGUUUUUAUUUACUUAUUUUUGGUGAAACGAUCAAGGAUGGGAAAAUGUAAAUACUUGGUUCGGAGAAACACUGGCACCGAGACAUAUUAACAUUUUCUUGUAAUAACCAAAUAAUCUUAUGUGUUAUGUGAACAGAGAAUAAGAAAUGAUCGGAGGAGAAAGAGGAUGUACAUAACUUGUGCAACUAUACCGUGUAUAAUGAAAGCUUUGUGAAAUCAUUAAUUGAAUUAGAAAGAAGAAAACAUCUGACUUAACAUGUGUUCGUUUUUUGAUGAAAAAAAAAAAGAAGUUACCUUCUGUUCGACUUGCGUUUGCAAAACAGAGUGAACCUCGAGAGCCUGCCGAAAUCAUGAUGAUUUUCCCUCACGAAUUAUUAUACCGAACGGAUUCGACGAUUGGACGAAGAAAGAAAGCUAGUGAGACGUCUCCAAAAAAAACGAAAACAAAACUGUACAUAAAUUCCGAUAGUUUCUCACGUUUAUUGCCCGUUCAGAUUAAUUAUGAGGACGCAUUGCUUUACGAGUAUAACGAUAAGUAUUUUGUUUAUACAGACAUUUGUAUACCUUUGUAUUUAAGAAUUAAAAAGACACGAGUUAAUAUAAUUAAAAUAUCACAAUACACGUA